CUCCCGGCCGCCGGGCUCGUGGCGAGUGGGCGUGAUCUCCUCCCCCCUAUCCGCGUGGGCGGCCCCGUGCUGUAGAGAGAGAAGGAAACACGACACCCCGAGAGAGGCGAGAGAGAGCCGGGGGGAGGAGAAAGUACAGAGUGAGUGGAAGAAGAAGAAAAAGUCGGCAAAAACAGAGAACGAGAAAAAGGGGGAUUCACUCUCUCUCUGUCACAGUGAGUUAUCGGCGACGAAUUGUUGUGAUUUCUGGAAAGACGUGGAAUAGAGAUAGAUUACACGCAACUGCUCAGAACAAACUGGCAAAACAACAACACAAUUCAGUUUCCCGGUCGUCCAUUGGGACCACUGGCCCGUGUAUUUCUCUGCAACUUCGGCUUAGCGGAGUGACUGCGCGCUAGUCCAGGGACACGUUCAGCGUACUGCAGUUUUCAGAAAACUACAAAGCAACACAAACUCUGGGGAACCGUAGGGGGCCUGGGAAGUGCGAGUGCGGUGGGGGUGUCUGAACCAGCGAGUAAAACGGAAGCAAACCAGCGCAAGAGGGGGACAGAAAGAAAAGUUUCAGUUUUGCGGCUGAUACGCUAGGAGGAAACGAGAGGAGGAGGGAGGCCGACUUUCACCUCCCGAAACAACUGACCCACCUACAUUCAUCAUGAAAACCCCGGGAGAUACGGGGUUCGCCUUCCCGGAGUGGGCCUACAAGCCCGAGUCCAGCCCCGGCUCGCGGCAGAUCCAGCUGUGGCACUUCAUCCUGGAGCUGCUGCGGAAGGAGGAGUACCACGACGUCAUCGCCUGGCAGGGCGACUACGGCGAGUUCGUCAUCAAGGACCCCGACGAGGUGGCGCGGCUGUGGGGAGCGCGCAAGUGCAAGCCCCAGAUGAACUACGACAAGCUGAGCCGCGCGCUCAGGUAUUACUAUAACAAGAGGAUCCUGCAUAAGACUAAAGGGAAGAGAUUCACCUACAAGUUUAACUUCAAUAAGCUGGUGCUGGUGAAUUACCCCUUCAUUGACAUGGGGUCAGCAGGCAGCGGUGUUCCUCAGAGCGCCCCCCCGGUGCCCUCGGGGGCGGGGACGCACUUCCGCUUCCCGCCGUCCACGCCGUCGGACGUGCUGUCGCCGAGCGAGGAGCUGCGCAGCCCGGUGUUCAGCGCGGCGGCCGGGCGCCUGGCGCGCAACUCCAUCAGCGACUGCAGCGACGGCACGUCCGUCAACUCCGAGCUGGAGGAGGGCGGGGCCGACGAGCGGGGCGGCGAGCGGGGCUUCCGCGGCGUCCUGCACCCCCGCCUGUCCCACGACUCCCUGUUCCGCCUGUACGGGGCGCCCCACCCGCGCGGCCACCCCGCGCACAGGGUCCACCCCGACCCCCUCUCCCCCUUCCCCGUCUCGCCCCUGCCCGGCUCCGGCGGGGCGGGGCUGCUGGCCCCUCCCCUCUCGCCCGCCCUCUCCAUGACGCCCUCGUCCCACCUGCCCUACACGCCCUCCCCCUCCCUCAGCCCCAUGCUGGGCUCCCACUUCUCCUUCAACCCCGAGGACAUGAAGCGCUACCUGCAGGCCCACACCCAGAGCGUGUACAACUACCACCUGAGCCCCCGCGCCUUCCUGCACUACCCCAACAUCAUCAUCCCCCAGCCGCAGCGCCCCGACAAGGGCCCCGCCCACCACGCGGCCCUGUCGCACGGCCACGCCCACGGGCACGCCCACGCCCACGCCCACCCGCACCCGCUGCACAGCCCGCUGCACCCCGGCGAGGACCCACACCUCUCGCCCUUCAAGUUCAAGCUGCAGCCGCCGCCGCUGGGCCGCAAGCAGCAGCGCGACGGGCAGGGCCCCAGCGGCUCGGGCUCCGCCCCCUCCGCCUGCGGCUCCGCCCCCUCCGGCCUGCCCUCCCCCUUCUCUUUCGGCGGCGACCUGGGCUCUGCUGGGGGCUCGGGCCUGCUCUCCAGCUCCUCCUCCUCCGCCUCCCUCAACAGCACCGGCAGCCUGCCCAAGAUAAAGGUGGAGCCCAUCUCUGACAUGGAGUCUGAGGAGGAGGUGGAGGUGACUGACAUCAGCGAGGAGGAGGCGGAGCUUGAGGACGGGCUGGAGCCCUUCCCCCCUCACCACCGGCGGGACCAGCGGCCCAACGGCAUGCCGCCGCUGCCGCCGCCGGCCGACGACGACCUGGACGAGGACGUGUUCAAGACCCCCGCGGCCCCCCCGCCGGCCCUCCCGCCCUUCCCGGGGCCGCCCGCCGAGGCCCGCCGGCCCCCCGCCCUGAAGAGCGAGCCGGUGGAGCCCGGAGACGCCCCCCCGGGGGCCAGCACGGCGGCCGGCCCCGCCCCGGCCACGCCCGGCGGCUCCAGGUGCAUCCCCCUGAAGCUGCGCUUCAAGCGGCGCUGGAGCGAGGACCAGCGCCUGGAGGCCGGCGCCGACGAGGCCGACGACAAGAAGGCCCGAGCCGAACCGGGGGAGCGGGAGGCGGAGCCUAGCGGAGAGAGGGAGGAGAGCAGGGCCCCGGCCCCGCCCCCGCAGGCCCAGUGCAGGAGCGAGACCUCCUGCCCCUCCACCGCCGAGCCUGAAGAGGGCGCCGGUCCAAGCGAGGAGAGGAGGAAGCCGAAGCUGUGGCUGAACUAGCGGCUCUCCGGUCCGAGCCCCACCCUGGCCCCGCCUCUGCUCUCCGGAAGGCCCCGACCUCCGUGAAACGGGGGUUUUUAUUGUUGUGUUUUUAGACUCUGAAACGCGGGAUUUUAAGUGCCUGUCCUCGUACACGUCCACUCACGCACCACACUGAGGAGAGCGAGGCCGUUACAGGGACAGCUCCUGGACUGGUGGGCUUAUCGGGACGACAACCUUUUUUUUUUCGCGGCUUGGUUUGCGUCCGCUCAGAGGCGGGUGGCUUUCUGAUCAGCUGACUUUGAUUCCACGAACGAACCGGAACUGGAGCUGGGGGGUGGGGUAGAGGGGGCGGGGCUGAAUCACCUGACUGGAAGGCCCGCCCCUUUCUGCAUACAUCCAGGCGAGCAUUCAGACAGCUGAGAGCAGCGCUGCAGGGCGGAGUCAGGGCCGCUUCACGUUUCGGCUCCUCCCGCCCGUCUCAGCCUCCCACCCCCCACCCAGGGCCCCCCCCCCCCCCCCGCCUGUCCAGGACCUGGGGUUUGGCUCGGGGCUGGGGUCGCGUUGGGCUUAGCGCACAGGCAGCUUCACCCCAGUGUGCAGAAGUGCAGUUGUGUUUACAGUCUUGUGCAGUGCGGCUCCCAGAGGAUCCAUGUUUCUAACAGUCUCAAUCCCACCCACCCCCAGCCCCCACCCCGCACCCCCACUCCCCCUCACGGUGCCUCACACCUUUUCACCCAAACCAAGUCCAGUGCGGGACAGGUGCGUGUGCGGAACCGCCGCUCUGGCACGGCUCACCGUUUUAAUGCAGGCUGCUGGUGAAUGGCAGAGUCAGUCUCUCGCUCGCUCUGUCAGAAGCGGCACUGAAUGACACGUUUUGUGAGCGCUGACCAGGCCUCAGGCCUCGCACCCAUAACCCCCCCUUAUUGUGAGAUUUUUACUGAGUCGUCACGUGGCCGUGGCUUUCUGAGCUGUUCUGUAAACAUCCUGUUUUGUAGAAGUACUCGAAGCUUGUUUUUAACCUGGUGUGAGUGACAAACAGGAAGAAGGCUCUUAAGGUGGCAGGUUUUUCAGGUGAAUUCACACCCGACGUGGUCUAUCAUUCCGCCUGAAAUCCCUAAGGGGGGGGGGGUGGGGGGCGGAGUGGUUAGAGGCGGAGACGGGCGCUCAGACAGGAAGGCGCACAGGAAGUGAGCGGCAGAGCGGGAGGGAGAGAAGAGAACGGGCGGAGCCUGACCCCAAGCGUCCCGUCUCCCGUACAGUAACGUACGCUUGUGACCCCGCCCCCCUCAGGAGUUCACGCGCAGCCAUUGGACAGGGUCACGCACGCACCGCGAUGCCCUUAGCUCCGUGUCCCUCUCAUUGGCUCUGCAGCACGCGGCCCUGCUCCUUCUCCCCGGGGCCCGGUCGCGCGGGAGAGGGGGCCCCACCGCGCGCUGACGAGAGGGAGGGCACGUCUGGACCUCACACACGUCUGGACCUCACACACUGCCUCUUUGCCUUGUUUUAUAGCAUGUAAAAAAAAAAACUAAAAGUUUAAAUGCCGAUCUCGAUGUAAACUAUAAUCCAUGUUAAAACAUGUAGUAUAAGGACGCACACGUGUGUGUGUGUGUGUGUUGACUAUGAAUAUUGUAAAUGGUGGUCAUUUUUAUUAUUUUAAUUUUCUUCCAGUGGCGUUAUGGGAAGAGGGGGCGCAUCGGAUCCUCUCUGUCUGUCGUUAGGAAUUUAGAGGGUCGUUAGUGGGGGAAUGUUUUUUUUUUUUUUUUAAUAAGAAACUCAGUCAAAAAUAAAAAAAAACACUUUGUAAAUCAUGAAAACCGGGGAAAGGACUCUUCAGACGUUGGCGGUAUGGGCGCGGGUGGCCAGGAGCGUCUGGGUCCGGCGCGAUUUCCCAGCAUGCCCUCUGUCCGGCUGACCGCAGCUGGCUCCCAUUUACCAGCAGCACCACCAGCUGGCUGGCCGCCUGGCGGACCUGUGGCAUUUCCACAUCUGCACGGAGCCACGCAGGGCGGCGGCUAAAAUUAGCGGCCUCUGCGCCGCGCGGGAAGGCUCUUUGUGCGACCCAGCUCCGGCCGUCUGGGGUCCUAACGGCUGAGUGCGGAAGCGCUUCUCCCCCCUGGGGUCUCUGACCUCACGGCUGCAGGCCGUGGAGGAACACAAAGAGGGCGCAGACGCAUUAGAGGAGAGCAGCACUUCCCAGGCUUUGGGGGGGCUAGUCUGGAAAAGGCCGUCCCCCAGGCGGCACGUCGGCCGGAGCACCGGAGCGUCUGAGCACCGCGCCAGACCGCCCGCCCCGCCCGCGUCUGCUUCUUAACUGACAGCUGCCUUACCCAUUUUAACUUUUGUACCUUAAACGGCACUCUCUCUCAGCUGCACUGCCCGUCUCUUUUCCCGGCCCCAGACCCCUCCCCUGUAAGGGUGGGGGGAGGAGAUUUUGGUCGCUCCCACCUGUAGUGUGACGGCAGAAGAACGGGACGGGGGCACAGGAAAUGUACACGGAUCAUUUUUCACAAUAGGAUCCCCCCACCUCAUCUGAUUUUAUCUCUCGAUGUCGAUAUUGCCGUUCGCUGUUCUUAUUAUUAUAAUAAUUAUCAUUAUUGUUGAAUUAUUUACCUCUCCCCCGCCCCACCGAUAUGGUGUAGUUGAGUUCCCUCCCCUUUUGGUGUACAAUGAUUUUUUUUGCUUUCAUUAUCCUCUGCUUUCCCCCGCGUCCUCUGUCCUCUUCCAGCCCAGCUUCGCGCUGUACGCUAACGGAAACGUUACUGCGCUCGACAUUUACUUCAGCGCAAAUAAGAGAGCAGGGGCUGCUGGGAAAUGUAGUGGGGGGAGUUGAUCUGUGGGGAAGAGAGGUAUGCUAUCUUGUCACAUAUUGUCAUUUUUUUAUUUUUUUCAUUUUUGGGGGAUGUCAUUUAAAGGAAAAAAAAAGAAGUCUUGUAUUUUACUAUGUAAAGGUGUCUGUCUCUCCCUCUGUAGCUAUGUAACACGCAGAAGGGGAGAUGAGUUUUAAUACCAUGAUGAUAUAACAUUGAACUUCUCUUCUAUGAUUCUCUUGUUUUUUUUUUUCCAACUUGUAAUUAAACUGUAAUCAGGGUUAAUUAAAAUUGGUUAAAAACCAA